AUGGGAGGAGAAAUUUGGAGACUUUCCGAGGAAUUGAGGAGAGAUGCUAUUUUGGGGGUAUGUGGUGAGAGUAAUGGCUGCUUAGCUGAGUUUAAAGGUGGUGUUGGUGGUUGUAUCAAUGUGAACAAAUCUCCAUCUUACACGGACCUGUCUAGGUUUCGCGACGCAACUAUCAUCUCAUCUCCUCUGUUUCACCGGUCAAAUCAAUUUCUUAUUGUUCUUCUUAACCCAGUCCAUUUUGUAAGGCAAAAAAGUAAAGACUUUUACGCAGUUUUGUGGAACUUACUUGAUUCAAUUCAAUUCGAUUCCUGGUUUUGCCAGCAAGAUUGGCACGAACUCGAGCGGAAGACAUCUGUAGCGGUUGCUCUGUCCGAUUACUGGUCGAUCCUUUGA